AUGUCCGCACUCGUCCUCCCCACAUUGACCGCAUUCACUUCUGGGCGUCUUAGGGCCAUUCUGACGGCUAAGAGCCAAGCGGAUUUCACCACGGCGUUUGAUGCGCUUUUCGCGCGCAAUGUUAAUGUUGUGUACAAUGGAAAACAUCUUACAAGGGAGCAGUAUCAGGCACAGCUGCUCAGUCAAAGCAGCGCUGCUUUUGGAGAGCAAGGUGCAAGCGUCAGCGUUCAAGGUCAACUAGAAGUCCCUGGCGACCAAGGCCAAAUCUCUGGGCUUGUCGGUCUCUUUUACACUUCCCUUGUUGACUCGAGGUUCCUAGUCAUGGGAGCUCCCGCUGAGAGCAAAGUGGUUUCCUCAUUCAAUGUUAUCAUUCAGGCCACAGAGCCUCGACCCCAGACUAACCCUCUCAUCCGCGGGUAUUUUGACCCCCGUCGCGUAGUGACGGUGAACCAGAUUGCCACCGACCAAGCCCUGCAUGUCACUAUCCCUGCUGCGUCCAUCAAUUCAAGCUCACCCGGUGUCACGGAGAACGUAGCGUUGGGCCCUGGCCCAAGGAAGCUUCCGCCGGGACCGUUUGGUUCACAUUUUGGGCCCAGACCGGUACAUCUGGAUCCUAUAGAGACGAAUGCUCACCCGGAGACGUUCCCAGGGGACGGGGAGUUUGGCGCUCCUCCUGUCCUAAUCCCUGGAGAAACUAUCGGUGAAGACACUAAUACUAAGGCAUGA